GUAAUAUUUUACAACAAAUUUUGAAAAUAUUACUCUAUUAAAGAUAUAAACGAGGAUUACUAUUUGAAUCGACAAUCCAUCCUAUGUAUAAUAUACUUUAUAUAGAAUUAGGAAAGAAUGAUUGAAAUUGAAUGAAUAAUCCAAAGCAAUUUCGCAUCAGCAACUCCAAGGGUGCAUGUUCGCCAAGUACGAUAUGUGCUAUGAUGGUAUUUAUCACCAAUCUGCUAGAAUUCUCGUCUUCUCUAAGAAAUAAGAAAAAAAGAAUGUCCCAGAAUUUUCACAAAUUACAGUCUGUUGUCGCUCUAAUUAUGUUUUUAGAUGUGUUUUCUUGUCGCAGCGAAAAAAUGAAUCAUUUGUAGAAUGGUAUAACGCAAGCAAGAGUGCUCAUGUUUUUUGAAUGUUUUCUUUUUUUAAAACGCUUAAAAGAAAUACUUUCUUUUUCCGUUUUGCUUUUCCUAUUUCUAUUUCCUGAAAUUAAAGGACUUUGUUUACAAUGAAACUAUUCCAUCUUGAACGAUUUUGUCAUUGUUCAUAAUAUUACAUUAACUUUAUAUAAUACCAAAGAGGGAGGAUAACAAGAAGGAAGAAGCUUUUUACAGACACGUUUCAUUCAUCUUCUUGUAUCAUAUCCCGAUUCUUACCGGAAAGUACAUAGAAUAAAAGAAAACAAAAGCCAUUAUUCUAUGUAGAGGGUUUUUGUCGUACUGGAGAACGUAGAAAUGGAGCAAACGGAAGGUACGCAGUCGAAUACGACGGUUCAAGAACAGCGCCAAGAGAUUGAGCGAUUAAAGCAAUUGACUGGUGCUGAAGAAGUAAAAGUUGAAGGAUCUUUAGCAAAUAAACGAAAACGUGGUCAGCUUUACGACAAUUCUGAAAUCACCAAAGACUAUAUUGAGUAUGAUUUUUCCAAAAUAGAAGACACCAAGGGUGGUUAUCUAGUGGAAGAAACAAAAAACACAACUGACCUUCGUGAAAAACCAGCGGAGCGAGAACUUCGUGAACAACAAGAACGACAGAAAGCCCUACGACAAAAACCUUUAAACUUGGACCCUGAAACAGCACCCAAAUGUGAAGACUGUGGAUCUAUUGAGCUAGAUCUUCGAUACCUAGAUGUAUUUAAGUGUAAAGUGUGUCAUAGUUGUCGUGAAAAAAUUCCAGACAAAUAUUCAUUGCUUACGAAAACCGAGUGCAAACAGGAUUAUUUAUUAACGGAUCCCGAAUUAAGAGAUGCAGAAGUAUUACCACAUUUGUUGAAGGCGAAUCCCCACCAACAAGGAUGGUCAAAUAUGAUGCUUUAUCUUCGCUUUCAGGUAGAAAAGUUUGCUAUUAAUAAAUGGGGUUCUUUAGAAGAAUUGGAUAAGGAAUUCGAGCGAAGGGAAAGUCAAAAACAAGAACAGAAAAAUAAAAAGUUUGAAAAGCAACUACUCGAGCUUCGAAAGAAAACAAAGACAAGCAACUAUAGUAGAAUGAGCAUCCGUGAAAAGAAAAAACAUAAACAUUCAUACGACGAAGUCUUUGAAAGACCAGAUCAGCCAGGGAUUAUUGUUCAGCGAUGUAAAUGUGGCCUCGAAAUAGAACAGCUGGAAAUUUGAUUGAAACUUUCCCUUACAAUAAUAAUAUAAUUGAAAUUGGGAACAGUUAUGACAAGGAUGGAACUGUUGAAAAAUUAAUUAUUUAUUUUGUUGGAUGGAAUUGCCUAGCAUGGAUUCGAUAAUGAUUACCCAGAAAGACGGAUUCCCAGUUGGCAUGAGGAACAAUCCUAUCGAUCAAUCCGUUUGAAAUUCAUGGAAAUGAAGAAAUAUUCAUUUCAUGGAUAUGUAAUUGGGCUCUUUAUACAGGACGCAACGAAAAUCGCUUAACUUAAGUAAUAUCGUCAAGAUGGAUAUGGAUAAACAAUGUGUACUAAAGGUACAGCAAAAAAAAGGUAAAGAGAUUUCAGAGAAGAAUUCUUACAUAAUUAUUAAUUUUUGAAGUUGUUCCUGCGAAUAAAUUACCAAAUUCAUUCACAAUAUGAAUGUGGUGCGCAUAGAAUAACCCACCUUGACCAAAGAUGGGAUUUUGUUCUUUUUAUUUAAGCCUAAAAAUGACUAAUAAAUAACUAAUAAAUAGAAAAUAUAGACAGAUGACUUUAAAUCAAUUGCUUGGAAGGCCUUACUGGCCUCUGGACUUAAUCUUUGUUACAAGGAAUACCACAACCUUUCUUGUUUCUUAAUAAUGUAAAUU